ACGUUCGUAAUGAUUCCUUACAGUUGCUAACUACAUUUAAAGGUCGAUGUGAAUUUUGGGGAGCCUCCCGUUUCUCCUCCAAUACUUCGAACCCCAAAUUUUCCGUCUCGCUCUAUAUACGCGCGUACUCGAACAAAAAAAUUCGAAAUAGCAAUUAUCGGGUUCUGUCGAAAAUGGUGCAACAGACGUUGAUCUACAGUUUUGUGGCUCGAGGAACGGUGAUCAUCGCCGAGUAUACAGGUUUCAGCGGAAAUUUCACUAGCAUCGCCUCUCAAUGCCUCCAGAAGCUCCCUGCUUCGAACAAUAAGUUCACCUACAAUUGCGAUGGCCACACCUUCAAUUAUCUCGUCGAGAAUGGAUUCACUUACUGUGUGGUUGCUAUCGAAGCUGCUGGUAGACAAAUUCCUAUUGCUUUUCUUGAGCGAGUCAAGGAAGAUUUCAACAAGAGAUAUGGUGGAGGAAAAGCUUCAACUGCCGCUGCCAAGAGUCUGAACAAAGAAUUUGGGUCGAAAUUGAAGGAUCAUAUGCAAUAUUGUGUGGAUCAUCCUGAAGAGAUCAGCAAGCUUGCUAAAGUCAAGGCUCAGGUUUCUGAAGUCAAGGGUGUUAUGAUGGAAAACAUUGAGAAGGUUCUUGACCGUGGUGAGAAAAUUGAGCUGUUAGUGGAUAAAACUGAGAAUCUCCGCUCACAG